AUAAAAUGUAUAAUUCAAUUGUAAGAGAACUGCAUUCAAAGAAUAUAAAACAGGCUUGCCACCAAAUCAGGGUACCUGGGAAAUCAGAGAACUUUGGUGCCUGCAUAAACCACGUGACUGUUUGUUUUUAUUUCUACUUUGAUUUUCGUUUGGCACGUCUAUAUAUUUUUUUAUUUUUUGUUUUUCACAUUUUCUUAUUUGUUACUUUAUCAUUCUGUAACUCGUGUUAAAACUUCCGUUCUGAAAAUGCUUCAAAACAAUUCUUGCUAGAACAUUAAGUGAAUACGAAAAUCAUUUUAUAUUGACAGAAAUAAAAAAAAAUUGAUAUGCUACUCACAGAUUGGAUGGAUUUAAAAUGGCGGAUAGAAUAAUGUAUCGCAUCAAUACAGAAGGUAUCCUAGAAGAUUGUAGUGAUGAUGAAUGUCAGACUUCAGAUGAUGAUGACGUCACUGCUGAUUCAGCAUUCAGGAUAGCAAAGAAACCUAUCGAGAGACUAGAGGAAUUGCCUUGGUUUCAUGAUAACAUGACACGAAAUACUGCAGAAGCUUUGUUACUUGCAAACGGCGUGGAAGGUACUUAUUUAUUGCGACGCAGUAAGAACAAUCCUGGAAUGUAUACUGUGUCUGUCAGAUGUAAAGAUUCGUUGAAACAUUUUGCAUUGGAAUACAAUUUAUACACCAACACGUAUUCGUUUGGUAUGGGAAAGUUUGAUACAUUAUACGAACUUCUCGAACACUUUAACUGUAUGCCAAUGUUGGGUGGGGAUUCUGGUUCUUCUGUCACGCUUCAAUAUCCUUACAUGAACGACAUCCCUGAACCGUCAUCCUAUGAAAAAGUCACGCGUCAUGCUGAGUAUGGGAAAAGGAUAUCCGUGGAGAAGAAAUCUGAGCCUCCCCCUGAUCUCCAUAUUGCUUCAAAGGAGGGUUACUUGGUUAAACGUGGUGCUAUUCACAAGAAUUGGAAAAAGCGAUGGUUUGUGUUACAGAAGAACUUGUUGAAAUAUUACUCCGACAGGAAAGAUCACACUCCAAUUCGUUCGAUUAAUUUAAGUGAAGCGGAGCAAGUGAGUGAAGAUUUUUGCGAUAACAAAAGAAAUUGUUUCAGACUCGUUUUACCAAGCAGAACGUUUUAUUUUGUGGCUGGCUCACCAGAAGAAAUAAAAUCUUGGGUUGAAAUUCUUCAAUGGAAGAUUGAUUAUUACAAAGGUCGCAAAGAUGAUAAUCAAACCCCAACACUACGCUCAUCGAUAGACAGUGCGAACGCAGUUGGCUCUCAUGUAGCGUACUUGGCGCAAUACACGAAAGUCUGAACUUUGUUUGUUUACAUAUUGUAUAUAAAGAUAUGAGAAGUAAAAUGCGUUUAUUUCCUAUGACUGGGUUUGUGAUAAAAGAAUUGUUUUAAAGUAGCUACCACUUUCUAUGUUCGGUUCUUCGACUGCGAGAAUUUUUUUUCUUUUUUUUUCAGAGGUUCGGAACUUUCACGAAAUCAGCUUUUAUAACUCCACGAAUUACACAAACAUUUCAACCAACGUUUUUUGUCUAUUUUUUUAAGAAGCAAGAUUUUGUAAACCCCUAUUACUUAGAACCUUUAUUUUUUAAAUUGUUAAUAUAUAAUUUUUGUAAAAGAAAAAUUAAAGAAAAAUUUUAUUUUAUAAUAUUUUAUAACAGUUAAUAAAUAUGUUAUAUAUAGAUAUUUUUAUAAAUGC